GCGAGAAAAGAAAAAGGAAAAAAAAAGCAUCCUCCUCUUCCUCCAUCACUCUCCCUCGUCACUCGGAGUCGCGUCGAAUCCCCAAACCCCUCUCGUCACUCUGCGCGUCGCAAUCAUCCCUGCGGUGGGCCGCUUUGAUCCCCUCCCCACCCAAAUCCUGUGGACUGAUUCCCCCUAGAUUGAUUUGCGUUUGCUCCGAUCCUCCCAAUUCUUUCUUUCUUUCGUUCUGGCUUUCCAUCUUGGUUUGCAAUCUUGUUUCUUCUUCUUCCCAUCCAAUCUGUCUCCCUCCUCCUCGCCUCCUAACUUCCAUCGCCAUUGCUGCUCUCUUUCUCUGCUCAAAGCCGCCUGCUUUUUUGGACCUCGUCCCUGCCGGGCGUAAAUGCCCGGCCGUGCAGGGGAUCCCAGCCUUUUCCACCCCAAAUCCCGUCCUUGAUUCCAAGUAUUAACACCAGGGCAAGAUCCUCGUAUGGACACGGCUCCUGGUAGUCAUAGAUGAGGAGGAGAGCGUCCUGACUCUUCGUGGGCAGGCUCUCCGGCUUCUCCGCUCUGACCCCUACUGAUAUGGGCUUCUUGAUCUGUGCCUGCCUCCUCCAGCUACUCUUCUUGGGCUCCCCUCGAUUGGCGGCGCAGCCGCUGUCGCCGGCGAGGAUCCUCGACGCAAUGCUGCAGGACUACGCGUUCCGGGCGUUCGUGCGCCCGCGCACCGGCAUUGUCUACAACGCCACUCUGCCUGGCAACCUCACCGGCAUUGCGGCCUCCGCGCUCCGCCUGCGCAGCGGCAGCCUCCGGCGGAAAGGCUUCGCCCAGUACUUCGAGUUCGGCGUCCCCACCGGCGUAAUCGUGCAGCCGCACGUCGAGCGGGUGGUGCUCGUCUACCACAACCUGGGCAACUGGUCAGACUACUAUUACCCCCUCCCCGGGUACACCUACCUGUCGCCGGUGCUCGGGCUACUGGUCUACGACGCGGCCAACUUGUCGGCUGUUGGAUUGAGUGAGCUGAGCAUUGCCACGUCAGGAAGUCCGAUUUCUGUAAGUUUCAGCAAUGUCAGGGCGGUGCCGCCAGGCGGUUCAGCACCGCGGUGUGUGUGGUUUGAUUUGGAUGGUGUGCCACAGUUCCAGGACCUGGAGGCAACCAACGUGUGCUCGACGUAUCGCCGAGGCCACUUCUCCAUAGUGAUGAACUCCAGUGAGAUUGCUCCUGCUCCAGCUCCAUCUGGCACAGUUGCCCCACCAAUACCGACGGCUGGAGGUCGUGCUAAGGGCAACUCGAAGGUGUGGAAGAUUGCUGUCAGCGUUGUUGGGGCCGCCAUAGCGUUGGGAUUGUUGGCUUCGCUUAUGCUGUGUUUGGUGAGGUACAAAAGGGAUAAGAAGUUAGAGGUGAUGGAACGAAAUGCAGAGGUUGGGGAGACAUUGCGGAUGGCGCAGGUUGGGCGGACGCAGGCACCUGUGGCGUUGGGGACACGGACACAACCGGUGAUUGAGAACGAGUAUGCUGCAUAGUAUCCUUCUGGGCUUUUUGCAUAGUUCUUGUAACAAAAAGACUUGAUGGUGAUGGCUAGAGACGGAAUUGUCCAUCGGUUGGUUGAGGCAGCAAAUUUUCCAUAUCACUAAGGGCGAUGCGAGCUGCUAAAUUCAGAGCUCAGAGUCUGCUCCAUGAGGGUUCGGCACAUUCUUUUGGUGGGUUUGUUUGGAAGCUUAAGUUUAUACUGCAAGCAAUGGCUACUGUUCAUGUUCAUAGUCGUUGUGUUCAUAUGUGGGGAGUUCUUUCAUCUCCAAGCAGGCAAUGGAGGAGAAACAUGUGUCAUGACAGGUUUGGAAUCCUCAGUUAUUAUUUUUGGGUUACUGUAUGCAAAAGGAAAUGGGCUUGGCAAUAAAGCUGAGGUAAUUUUCAUUGCACAUUGCAUGGUGCCUUGAUGGUGAAAUUCAUUCAUUAAGUUCGAAUUCUAUUACAUUUUUGUGCCAUCUGGCUUCUCGUGUCUGGACACCUGUUAUGACGAUGUAUAUGGUUGCUUAUUUAGUCGUUGUGAUAAUUAUUCUGAUUUUGAUAAUUUAGAUUUCGUUGCCAUUUGUUUUAACA